AGAGUUUGUAUUAGUUUCCAUGCGCUUGACUAUGAUAGUGAACAGAAAACGUCUGCGGACAAAAUAUUUGCUAAGCUAAAUAGAUGGUAUGAUAAUUCACACCCAUAGGAACUUAGUUGCUUUCGAUGUUGCAGGGGGAAGAGAAUUGGCGCGGACUUGUGUUUACUGCUGCAGCUCGGGUAUACUGCAGCAGAUAGCAAGUAUUGCCUGAGGGUUGGGUCUCACGGUUUCAUUUAGCAGACUUCUCUGAAGUAUGCGUAUUUUUCAGCUGUUCUGGUAGCUACAAGAAUAUGAGCAAAGAUUCUCAAAUGAGGGCUGUAAUCAACCAGAAGUUAAUUGAGAUGGGUGAGAGGGAGAGACUGAAGGAAUUACUUCGGGCCAAACUCAUAGAGUGUGGAUGGCGGGACCAACUUAAAGCCCAUUGUAAAGAGGUCAUCAAAGAGAAGGGUCUGGAGAAUGUGACCGUUGAAGACUUAGUUGCUGGAAUCACUCCCAAAGGAAGAGCUUUGGUUCCAGAUAGUGUGAAGAAGGAACUUCUGCUAAGAAUAAGAGCUUUCCUGGCUCAGCACGCUACAUAAUAGAAAUGCUUAUGAAGGUGACGCAUAAUUAAUGUGAUCCACUCCUUCUUGUGAUCAGUGUAUUUUUUUCCCUUUGGUCUUUGUACAAUUGCUUUCAUAUGUUUUGUUUAUUUUUUUUUGCCAUACAAUAAACUUUGGACACUUUUUUACA